GCAUUGCACGUUGACGGCCCGGGUCUUUUUGUUCUGCGGAACUCCAAAUUGUAGCCCUGUGAGGAACUGGGGUUCUCUCCUUGGAGUUUCCGUCCCCUCCCCCCGACAAUUUAAAGUCGAGUUCGUGUCGGAAACAGUUUGUUCCGCACCAACCAACUGCCUGAGAUGUCGGUCACGGAGAUGUUCAGCAACAUCCAGGUUUUCCUGUGUGCGGAUCAGGACAUCCGAGAGGACAUUAGAAAAGUGGUCCAAGGCUUGGAACAGACGGCGAGGGAGAUUUUGACUGUACUUCAGAGUGUCCAUCAGCCGUCGGGCUUCAAAGAGAUUCCAAGCAAAUGCUUCAGAGCCCGAGAGCUCUUCUGCUUGGUGAGGAGUCAAAUCGGAGACCUGAAGACAAAGUUCCCCGUGGAGCAGUACUACAGGUUUCAUGAGCACUGGAGGUUCGUUCUACAGCGCGUGACGUUCCUGGCUGCGUUUGUGGUCUACCUGGAGAGUGAGACCUUGGUGACAAGAGAGGAGGUGGCUGAGAUACUUGGAAUUGAAGUGGAGAGGGAGAAGGGCUUUCAUCUAGAUGUUGAAGAUUAUCUGGCUGGCGUGCUCAUCAUGGCCAGUGAACUUUCCAGGCUAGCGGUGAACAGUGUGACAGCAGGGGACUACAGUCGGCCCCUUCGCAUCUCCAACUUCAUCAACGAGCUCGACUCCGGCUUCCGGCUGCUCAACUUGAAGAAUGACCCCCUGCGCAAGCGGUACGACGGCCUCAAGUACGACGUGAAAAAGAUCGAGGAGGUUGUGUACGACCUGUCCAUUCGGGGUCUGACCAAGGUGCCGGAGGCUGACAAAGACAAGUAGCUCCAGUGCUGUGGGAGGGCGGAGCACUGAUGGCACCGCCCCCUUUUCUCUAGGGUCAGGAGGGUGUGCAUUGGCUGAGACCGAUGAGUCUGCCAUGCUGGCAGCGAUGUGGGAGCUGGGAGGAGGCCAGCCACAGUGUCCUUUCCACACUGCUGCUCAACCGUUCUCACAAAAAAUGGUUUUAAAGGGCAGAUCUGGUUUAUUUUGUACUGGUGGGAUCUACAAAACAUCCUUGUACAACCAUACUGACGGGGACUGGUCUUUAUCUUGUACAGCUGCCAAAUUGUUGGGGUUUUUAAUUUUGUUUUGCUAUUUGUUACACUUCUUCACACACUUCAGUGGCAUGUACAAACAGCUCAGCCAUGCUCCUUGGGGCCUCACAUUAUUUUUCUCUUGAUAAUCUAUAAUUAUUAGGUAUUAUUUAGAUAGUAAGUUCACUUGCAAGUGAAUCGAUAAAGUUCAGAUUGAUCUGUUUUCAUUGUAUUGUAAGUAUUGCUCAAAUUAGUUCCCUGAAGACCAGUGUGAGAGAACCCUUCUCAGAACAGGGCCCAAAGAUUGACUUUUACUGUAUCCUUUGAUUAUGGAAGGGCGAUUGGCACGUCACUCAGAAGAGCAAUAAAAUGUCCCCGAAUAAUGAAAAUGUAAGAAGAAAUGUCUUGUACUAUCAUUAGUGCCAAAUCCCACCAACGUUCUUCAUGAGAUGGGAAUUGCUUUACGGAGAAGUUAUCGCAGAUGUACCAUGCUCUGUCACCACAAGAAGGUGCAGCUUUGGCCCAAAGUAUGGAGCAUGCAAGAAGCUUCACACCUUUCACAGCGAAAAGGAAAAUGAUUGUCUGAAUUCAUGCUAAUUAGAGUGGAAAGUUUGUGCCUUAUACUUUUGGCCAAGACUAGUUUUUGUUUUGAAACGUUUGUUUCUCACAGUGCACACAAGUGAAAUUAACACUUUCUGUGCCGUACUUGUGCAUCAAAAUCACUUUUGUAUGUACGCUAAAUCGGGGCGUAAACGCUGUGCUGUUCCUUCGGUGGAUUCCCAGCAGUUUGUUGCAUUUGACUUAAUUUGGUCUUUUCUCUUCAUAGAUGUUAAAGAAGCCUUUAGAGAAAAACUUUACCUGUUUAAAUCACACCGGGGCGUUGAGCGCAGAAGGAAAACCAUGGCUUUUUAAACUUUGUAAGGACUUGUCUGGUCUCUGCUGCAAGCAUUGUUUUCACAUGUGUUGUUCACAAGAACAUUUCUCUUAUUCGGCCUGUAAUUACUUUGCUCUUGUGUCUGAUUUCAUGCUCUUUAUUUUACAAGCAUUGCCAUUCUAUGCAACAUUGUGUAGAAGAAUGUCCAGUAAAAGAAGUUGUGGUCAUCUUUCACAAAUGUUUAUGGUCUGAUUUUAGUGGAUUUUUAAAUUAAAGAAGUACAUCUAGGUGUAAUGCUGUAUGUAUUGACCUGUUUUGGAAAGCAAUUAAUCUGUUUAUCAGUGUAUCUUUUUCCUCUUUUUAAGCUGUUUUUCCCAGCAGGCCACUGUGACUCAGGCCAAAGUGCAUCAGAUGUGAGCAGUGUUUUGUGUAGUAAUGGGCCAAACAUUUUUUUUCUUUUGAUUUCUAUACAUAGUUGAUUUUCAUAGUCUGCAAUUUUAGUGCACAAUUAUUUAGUCGAGGAGAAUCUGGAUGAUUAAAUCUGAAAUUUUAAAAAAAAAAAACCUAUAAUUAUAUAUUUUACAUUAUUUGGCUCAAUGUAAAAUAACUCCACCAAUGAACAUGUUUGAGGAACUGGUACUUUUGGUACUCUUGACCAUCCUGUACACAGAGGAAAAGGGGUAAGAAAAAUAUCAUCACAAGGACUUUGCAUGUUUAUAUCAUUCAAAUAUUACAGAAAAUGCCAGAGACAAUUAUCAUUUGGGUCUAUAAAUCUGGGCAUUUGCAGCUUUAAACCUUCCAAGUAUAAUUUGUUUCAAUGACCUGUGUCUUGUCAAUUUUGUGCAGUAUGCAGAGCAAUCGAUAAUUCCUGCAGUGUUCUGUCCACUGGAACAUGUUACACAGCAGGGGUGGUUCAGUGUGUAACACGACAAGAUUGGAGCUCAUUUCCAAUACGCAGCACGUCACUUCACUGACGGCAUGUACACGCUGCCUUCCUAAGCUUGGCCAUCAGUUACAUCCUGAAAGUACUUCUUGUGCUGCAUGUGUGUUGAAAACAGAGUUGAACAGACUUGUGUCCUCAUAUCGAUGCUGUCUGGUAAAAACAUGAGAAGCAAAAUAUUAUCUGAAAGUGGGUGAGGCUCCAUUUGGAGAAAGCUGCAUCCUUUCUGGUUUGCUUGUCAUUCCCACCUAUGUUCCAGGUGUAGUUCUUAUUACUGUGUUCUAUCGUACGUUUAUCCAAAAUUACAUUAGUACCUAAUUAGAAUUUUUCUAGAGUCCUGUUGUUAUGUGUAUUACCCUUUCUCAGUAUGGUUUUAGCACCCAAACUUAAAAUGAAUACUGAUUGCUGGACUUGAAAUGUUAUGGUACUGAGACAAAAAAAAUGCCAAAAAUCAGACUGGCUCUUUGUGUUAUGAAGGAUUACAAAUUUUGUAAAAGUGUAACACUUUCCAGUUCAUUUAUUUUCCUUCUGUAUUUGUUACGAACCUAUUUUGUAUAAUUCCACUUCGUGAGUAAACACAACCGGUAAACUGCAGUGAGGGCUGUUAAUUAACUGAGUGUG